GUAUGUGUGGGAAGGGUCAUGUGAGGGAUGGUGCUCCCCCAAGGGAAAUUCUCUGGAGUCUGAGCCUGACCCUCAGGCUCCUUCUAGAGGCUCCUUCCAGCUCUGAUGGAGAAGUGAAUUCUACCUUCUUCUCAAGGGGAGCCGCCUGGCAACAGUUAUCUGAGAAACCAUGUCUAUGUUGAAUGGACUCAUCUGGCCCCAGGUGGUGACCUCCCUAGGACACUGAUGAAGACAAUGGCAGGCCAGGCAUUUCCUCGAGCAGUGGUUUUCUACACGACUCUGUUCUUCCUCUUCCAAGGGAUACAGGGCAGUAACCACAAAGACGAGUUCAGUUUCUGUGGAGAAAGGAAUCAGACCCAUUCGAGCAGACUGAACUACAUUCAAGGCCAUUCCCACCACAUUGUCAUCGAGAAUACGGAAGAGGUCCUAACAAUCAAGGCCCCAUUUCCUGCCAAAGAAUCUCGUCAGUCCUGGUCCUUUCCUGCUCCCCUGGGGCCAUAUCGUUUCUGCCUCUACUGGCUUCCAAAUGCCAAGAAGCUCCAAUUCAUUUAUGGCAAGACUUCUUAUGAGCUGAGUGACCAAGCCCACAAAUUCCUGUGCUUCAGCCGUCUCGAGGCGGCAGACCCAGUGCAGGGGCCUUUACUGCAGAACCCUUCCUACAGCUCCUGGAGACAACCACAGAACACCAGCAUUCCUAAUAGCCUUCGAUAUACCUUCCAUUUCCACGAUCCGCCUGGUGAUGCCUCUUCCCACAAUGGGUCGGUUGACAUGUGUGACCUAAAACGGGAACUACACACACUUAGCAUGCUCUUGAGGCCUGAAAAGAUAGGCAGGAAGCCAUCAUCUAUCUCUGUCAGCCGGCAUCUCCAGAGGUUAGAGUCAAAGUUAGUGGGCGUACACUUCAAAGGGGAUAAGGCUUCCUUCGAGGAGGAGAAGAUCAAUGCCACUGUAUGGAAACUGAAGCCAGGAGUUAAAGAUCUGCACAUCCAUUCCAAAGGGAAGAUGGACCAGAGCACAGUGCAAGAGUACUCUGUGAAGCUGCCCAGUGCCCUCUUUGAAAAGGCCAAAGGCAGGAGAGGAGAGGCCGACAAGAGACUCCUUCUCAUGGAUUUUAGCAGCCAGGCCCUAUUCCAGGAUAAAAACUCCAGCCAAGUCCUCGGGGGAAAAGUCUUGGGUAUUGUUGUACAGGACACCAAGGUGUCCAACCUCCAGGAACCUGUGGUCCUUACCUUCUGGCACCAACAACAGCCGAAGAAUGUGACCCUACAGUGUGUGUUCUGGGAAGAGAACCCUGAACCUGGAAGCCCCGGGAGUUGGAGUGAUUCUGGCUGCAAGACAAAGAUGGGGGAAGCCAACACAUCCUGCUUCUGCAACCAUCUGACCUACUUUGCUGUACUGAUGGCCUCUUCCGUGGAGAUUGACGUCAUCCACAAGCACUAUCUUACCCUCCUUUCCUACGUUGGCUGCGUCAUUUCGGCCUUGGCUUGCAUCCUGACGAUUGCCAUCUACCUCUUCUCUCGGAGAAAGCAGAGAGACUACACGAUCAAAGUUCACAUGAACCUCCUGCUCUCUGUCUUCUUCCUGGACCUGAGCUUUCUACUCAGUGAACCUGUUGCUCUCCUGGAGAACGAGAUGGGCUGCUGGGCCAGCGCCAUUUUUCUGCACUUCUCUCUGCUAGCUUGCCUCACUUGGAUGGGCAUCGAAGGCUAUAACCUCUACCGGCUGGUGGUGGAGGUCUUCAGCACCUAUGUUCACGGCUACCUGAUCAAGCUGUGCCUUGUGGGCUGGGGGCUCCCUCUCUUUUUGGUGAUAGUGACAGCACUGGUGGAUGGGAACAACUAUGGCUCUAUCAUGCUCACUGUCCAGAAGUCAUCUGAAGACAUCAUCUACCCUUCCAUGUGCUGGAUCAGGGACCCUAUCAUCAGCUACAUCAUGAACCUGGGCUACUUCUGCCUGGUGUUUCUGUUUAACAUUGUGAUGCUGGGAACCAUGACAGUGCAGAUCCUCCGGCUGAACCAACGUGGCCAGAAGUGGCAGCAUGCCCUCACCCUGCUAGGUCUAAGCCUGGUCCUGGGCAUCCCUUGGGCUCUGGUCUUUUUUGCCUUCACCUCAGGCACCUUCCAGUUGGUCGUGCUUUACCUCUUCAGUAUCAUCACUUCCUUCCAAGGCUUCCUGAUCUUCCUCUGGUAUUGGUCAAUGAAGCUCCAGGCCAGCGGCCCUUCCCCUCUGAAGAGCACCUCGGACAGCGUCAAGCUACCCAUCAAUUCUGGUAGCACUUCUCGCAGAAGCAUCUAGGCACUGAGGGGACAUGCCUGCCAACUCCAGAGAGAAGAGGAGAGGAGAAAACCAGUUUGCCCUUGGCCUUCUUUCCUCCUUCUCUCACCCCUCACCUUUGGCUCAUGUGUGGACUUUCUCAGUCUGUCUCACUGGACUUCUCCUUCCUUAUAAAUAUUCUGGAGCUGCGGACUCCAGAGUCUAAUGGGACAAAGCAGUGGGGGGCUUUCUUUGGCCCAGGAGUGACUCUUGCUAUGAUGACUAUGAAGAAGAGGAAAGGCAUGUGAGGUGUUUUAAGGAAUGAAAGUCAUCUUUAGUGUUGCGGUGGGGAAAGAGGAGCUGAUAGGCUUGAAUGGAGUGGUAGGAGAAGAGAAAUGGGCUUUCGUGGCUCUGACAUUUGUCAGCUCUUCUGUCAUUCAAGGAGGCUAAAGCUCGAGAUGGAGCUUCAGAUAUUCCAACUUAAUCUUGGUUCAGCUUUAGCCUGGAGACCAAACAAAGAACAUCUCCUGAUCCAUUCUCCGGAGGAACCAAAACUUUGGUUCUAUGUAAAUUCCCUAGACUCAACUACUUUUUUCCUGAGGUUGUUUCAGAUUUCAGCUCAACAUGUGGUGGGGGAGAAACAUUCUAACAAUUAAUUAGAGGUACCCCAAAAUAGAAUAGAAUGAGGUGGUACAUUCCCUAUCAAUGGAAUUGUUCAAGUGGAAGGUCAAUGAUCAAAUAUUUGUCAUGAAUUUAUUUAGAUGGGAAUUCUUCCCAGGUAGGAGAAUCCCUUUAAGUUCAGAGCAGGUGUAAGUCAUGAAUUUCUCCAGAUCAACCAUGACCCAGGUCUGGGGUAACCUCUCAGGUCCAAACUCAUUCUUUCUGUCCCUUGCCACAGGAGUGACACCAGCCUCUCCUGGCCUGGGCCAGUCCUUGGGUUCAGGGGCAGAAAUGACAGUCAGUACUCAGAUUUUUAUAGAGCUAAAAGCUCCUACCAUCUUCUGCCCCCUACCCCAACAGCAUAGGGUUAUGGAGUAUUUUUCUGUGGGCUCUUCCCCUAACUUUGAAAUGAAUAGCUCUUAGCCAAAAUCCCAGCCAUCAGCCUUCUCAUUUUCAUCCAUUGUUCUAAUGUGAGGGAAAACCAAGAUGUUCUAUGGGAAGUAGUUGGGGGGGGGGUUGGGGGAGAGCUGGCUGUCUACUGUCCUAAUUUGGAGACCAAAGAACAUCAAAGUUGGAAAGCUCUUAGAGAUCAUGUAGUCUAACCCUCUCAUUUUACAGCUAGAGAAACUGAGGCCUAGAGAGGGGCUGUGAAAUAUACAAAGUCACAGAGUCAGGCCUCCAUCUUUGAUCUCCUCUAUACCAUACUGCCUUUUCACAAGACCAAAUCUCCGUUCUGAGCCCCCAAGAACAGCUAGGAUUAGGGAGUUGCAGUCUCCGGCCUCAUCUUCCCCAGAAGGAGCCUCCCACUCCUCCCAUCUCCAGUCGAUCCACCUUCUUGGGAUAACUUGUUUUGUUAGCAGCUGUCAUACACCAUGCUCAUUGUAUAUAUUUUUAAUAUUGUACAUAGUCUGUGGUUUUGAUCAAAUCCUCUGAUGUUGGCUUAUUAAAGGAUAUCUGUGCUGCCAA